GAUUGCUACAUUAGGAACCCUGGGAACUAGACGACAAAGAGAUUCUAUUGGGAGGUGGAACCAUGGGCUGCUGGGAGAAGCUCAAGUCCUCAGGCUGGGCAUUCCCGACUGCAGUCUUGUCCUUCUAUGGGUUUUUUGCCAACUGCAGGAUUGCAGAGCCUUUCCUCACGCCGUACUUAAUUGGACCUUAUAAGAACAUCUCUGAAGAAGUGGUGACCAACUAUCUAUUUCCCAUAUGGACAUAUUCCUACCUGGCCUUCCUUUUCCCUGUUUUUCUGCUGACUGACUUUCUCAGAUAUAAGCCACUCAUUGUGCUGCAGGGGUUCUUCCUGGUUUCCAACUAUGUGCUGCUCUGCUUUGCCCCAGGACUGAUUGCCAUGGUCUUCCUUGAGAUUCAUUAUGCUGUCGUGACUGCUACAGAGGUGGCCUACUUUUCCUACAUAUACAGCGUGAUUCCCCUUGAGAAUUACCAAAGAGCCACCGGUUACCUUCGCAGCGCCAUGUUGUUCGGGUACACGUUUGGUGCCGGCCUGGGUCAAGUUCUCGUCUCAUUGGCAGGGUUGGACUACUUCUACAUCAAUGCCAUUACUUUGGGCGUUACAAGCGUGGCUUUUCUCAUCUCCUUCUGGUUGCCAAUGCCUCAGAGGAGCAUGUUCUUCAAAGGGAGAAAAACUACAGCUGUGGGCAGACAGUCCCAGCAGGAGGGGCCUGGGAGAACGGACAGACCUGAUGGAACGGCAGCGGAUGAGGAGGACGCUAGCUCGGGGAAACAGAAGAUGGAGCCUAAUGACAAUGCUGCCUGGUGCAGCAGGAAAAAUGUGUUCAGAGCAGGUCAUUUACUUUGGCAAAGCUUCAGGGAGUCCUACUCAUCGAGGCAUUUGAUCUAUUGGUCCUUGUGGUGGGCUUUGGCCACAGCUGGAUAUACACAAAUACUCAACUACAUCCAACUAAUGUGGGACCAUAUUGAGCCAUCUGCCACAUCAUCUGUUUACAAUGGUGGUGUAGAAGCUGCAUGCUCGCUUGUAGGUGCUACAGCAGCUUUCUCAGUGGGUUAUAUGAAGGUAAACUGGUCAGUGUGGGGGGAGUUGGCAUUAGGUUUCUUUUCAGCCGUCGGAGCAGGCGCUGUGUUCCUGAUAGUGCUCACCGGCAAUAUCUGGGCUUGCUAUGCUGGCUAUGCCCUAUUUAAAUCAUGCUACACGCUGCUUAUUACCAUCACAACAUUUCAGAUUGCGGCCAAUCUCUCCAUGGAGUGUUACGCCCUGACAUUUGGGAUCAACACAUUUGUGGCCCUCUCCCUGCAGACCAUCAUUACACUUAUUGUUGUUGAUGGAGCCACAUUAGGACUGGACAUUGUGACACAGUUCAUCAUUUAUGGGAUCUACCAUGUUGUCAUCUCCGUGUUGUUUUUGAUUCGAGGGACCUACACUGCUUGUACAAAGCAAAGAACUUCAAAACCACCAGAUAACAUUAAAAAGGAGCAGAACACUGUGGAGGUGAUCUAUGAUGAAGCUUUCUGAUCAAGGUCAAUUGUUCUACUGGGACAGAAAUGAGUAGAUUAUUAUUACAGUGAGACUUUAACAGCAGUGAGUUAGUGAUCUUUUUUUUUUUUUAAGAGUAUAAUUUUAAGAAAAGCUUUUACUGAAUACCAGAAUUGAAAAACUCUGGAUUUGCUCCUGCCCUAGAGGAGCAGCACUUUCUCAUGGCCUUCAUAACAAACAUCUGCCACUUAAAUUAUAUUCUGUUGCACGUAUAUGCUGCUGAUAUGUUAAACUUGACCUCGGAAUGACUAUCCCUUGACCUUUAGAGAAAAUUAAGAAAAGAGAUUGAGCUCAGUU